AUGGAUGAAAGAAACAAUCAGUUCAAAGCCGUCAAUCCAGGCAAAAGCACGCAAGAUCUCAUUGAUGUCCUACUCUUUGUUAUCUGUAAUGACUUAAAUGCCACACGGCUCACAUCGAUCGGCAUUUCACAUCUUAGGACACUAUCUUCCCUCUUCGACACUUUCCCUGCGAUAACACCAUCCAAAUCUGUGGAUGUCAAACUACCUCCAAGAUCGUUCAGCAUGUGCAAAAGAUCAGCAACCCCCUUAUGGCCAGAAGCCCCCUCCGAGAGCCUCACGCGACGAGCACUCAAGAGACCCAAGCAAGAAGGUGAACCCCCGGCCUCGAAUCCACUAACUGCCCACCCUCCGAUCUCUACCAUGGACGAGCAUAACUUGAAACGCUUUGCACGGUACGGUGGUCCUGAUCUUACUGAUAUCCGAGGAUACUGUUCUCCGACGAAUACGAAGAGCGAGUCCGUUUAUGGAACAACUGGGUCACAAGAUCAGGGAGACCCUGAGCCGAUAUAUCGUCCUGACGGACAAUGUUCAUAUGUUGGUACUACAAACCUUUAA